AUGUAUGCCAUUUCAUAUCUACAUAUACGUCUGUCUAUCUAUUUCGUUCUUCAUAUCUAUCAUUGUUCAUAUCUAUCUCAGUCUGUUCAUAUGUAUUUUAGCCUGUUCAUAUCUAUCUAUCUAUCUAUCUAUCUAUCUAUCUAUCUAUCUAUCUAUCUCAGUCUGUACCUAUUUAUCUAUCUAUUUUUCUGCCUGUUCAUAUCUAUCUAUCUAUCUAUCUAUCUAUCUAUCUAUCUCAGUCUGUACCUAUUUAUCUAUCUAUUUUUCUGCCUGUUCAUAUCUAUCUAUCUAUCUAUCUAUCUAUCUAUCUAUCUAUCUAUCUUUCUCUAUCUGUACCUAUUUUUGAAUCCAUGUAUGCCAUUUCAUAUCUACAUAUACGUCUGUCUAUCUAUUUCGUUCUUCAUAUCUAUCAUUCCUGUUCAUAUCUAUCUAUCUAUCUAUCUAUCUAUCUAUCUAUCUAUCUCAGUCUGUACCUUCUUUUUAUCAAUUUUUUCUGUAUGUUCAUAUCUAUCUAUCUAUCUAUCUAUCUAUCUAUCUCAGUCUAUAUUCUUUUUAUCAAUUUUUCUGCCUGUUGAUAUCUAUUCAUCUAUCUAUCUAUCUAUCUAUCUAUCUAUCUCUAUCUUCCUUUUUGAAUCCAUUCUUCUGUUCAUAUGUAUUUUCCUGUUCAUAUCUAUCUAUCUAUCUAUCUAUCUAUCUAUCUAUCUAUUAUCUAUCUCAGUCUGUUUUAUUUAUUCUCUAUUUUUCUGCCUGUUCAUUUCCUUCGUUAUCCAUUCUAUCUAUCUAUCUAUCUAUCUCAGUCUGUACCUAUUUAUUCAUUAUUUUUCUGCUGUUCAUAUCUAUUAUCUAUCUAUCUAUCUAUCUAUCUAUCUAUCUAUCUAUCUUUCUCUAUCUUUACCUAUUUUUGAAUCCAUGUCGAUGAUUCUAUCUACAUUACCUGUUCAUUUUCUUCUAUCUAUCUAUCUAUCUAUCUCAGUCUGUACCCUAUUUAUCUAUCUAUUUUUCUGCCUGUUCAUAUCUUCUAUCUAUCUCAACAUCUAUCUAUCUAUCUAUCUUCUAUCUAUCUCAAUCUGUAUGCAUUUAUCUAUCUAUUUUCUGCCUGUUCAACAACAAAUCUACCAAAACUAUCUAUCUAUCUUUCCAUCUCCUGUUCAUAUCAUCUUCAUCUAUCUAUCUAUCUAUCUAUCUAUCUCAGUCUUCCAUUUAUUUCCAUUUUUUGCCUGUUCAUCUUUCUUCAUCUUUUAUAUUCUUUUAUCAAUCAUUCUGUAUGUUCAUUCGUUCAUCUAUCUAUCUAUCUAUCCAUCUAUGUAUCUAUAUUUUUUUUUAAAUCAUUCUGUAUGUUAUCAAUGUCUAUCUAUCUAUCUAUCCAUCUAUCCCAUUAUAUUUAUCUAUCUAUCUCUCUAUAUUCUUUUUAUCAAUUUCUGGGUUUUAUUUCUAUCUAUCUCUUAUUUUUUUAUCAAUCAUUCUUUUUUUUAUUAUCUAAAUAUAUAUUUGUUUAUCCAUCAUUCUGUAUGUUCAUAUUUAUCUUUUCUAUCAUCUAAUCUAUCUAUGAUCUAUCUAUCUAUCUAUAUUCUUUUUAUCAAUCAUUCUGUAUGUUCAUAUCUAUCUAUCUAUCUAUCUAUCUAUCUUACCUUUUUUAGAUUUUAA